UAUUAUGUAUGAGCCAGGAAGUUUAUUCAUACCUGCUGAUACUUAUACACAGAUUCGUAUGUACGGUUGUUAUCUACAAUUGCAUGCUGCACGUACCUCCAUCAGAUGGCAGCACCUCGUUAAAAACACCAACUGUUUUGACGAUAAUAGUUUAAUAAGUGAUUACAUUUUUUUAAAAGCCGCAUGAGUAUUAACGAGAAAAGAAUUGUACAGUGUUUCCUGAGCAGCAUCACGUUCUUCUGUGUUUAAUCUGUGUUAAAAACGAAGUUAUCAAUGAAAGCAUAACGUAUCAAAAAGCGUUACGGAAAAAGACUUUCAAAAACUGAUAUAUUUAUAAAGUUUUCCAUUGAAUGAAAUCCGAUAAUAAGAUAUAUUUCCUACAAGCUAUAUAUAGCUUUAAAAGCGAUGAAUUGUUCCAAUGGAAAUAAAUAUUACAUUACGAAUGUUGAUAAUAUUUUGUGAGGUUAUGUUUUUGUUAAAUCGAACAUUUUUCAAUCUCUGGUAAAAAAAAAAAAAAAAAAAAAAAAAAAACACGUGGAAGAAACAGGAAUCCCGCGUAUGCCAUUUAAAUAAUGUGCGACUAAUAUCGUAUUUAAAUACAGUCUUAAACAAUCGUCGCUUUUUUCCUAUUUGGAUCAACGGAAAAUCGUGAAUAGUCCCUGUUAAUCAUCGCUUUGUUUGAAAUUUUGGAAGAAAAGAAGAAUUUUUUAAAGAUGGGUCGUACAGUGACGGUAGCAGUUUGUUCGCUGAAUCAGUGGGCACUGGAUUUCGAUGGGAAUUCCAGAAGAAUCUUGCAAAGUAUUCAAGAGGCUAAAGAUGCUGGCGCUACUUAUAGAAGCGGACCAGAGCUAGAAAUUUCUGGUUACAGUUGCGAGGAUCAUUUCUACGAGUCAGAUACAUUACUUCACAGCUGGGAAGUACUCGCAACGAUUCUUAAAUCACCGGCUGCCGAGGACAUGCUGGUAGAUGUUGGUAUGCCGGUCAUGCACAAGAAUGUGACGUACAACUGUAGAGUGGCAUUCCUGAAUCGACGAAUUCUGCUUAUCAGACCCAAGAUGCAAUUGUGCGAGGAUGGCAAUUAUAGAGAAUCCAGGUGGUUCUCGCCGUGGACCAAGGAACGCACGGUGGAGGACUACUUUCUGCCUAGAAUGAUAUCUCAGAUCACUAACCAGACAGUGGUGCCGUUUGGCGAUGCUGUUAUUUCAACCAGGGACACGUGCGUAGGUUUCGAAAUUUGCGAAGAACUCUGGAGUCCAAUGAGCAAUCAUAUUCCAAUGUGCUUGGAUGGUGUUGAAAUUAUCGCAAAUGGUAGUGGAUCAUAUUUCGAACUACGGAAAGCUUAUGUCACCGUAGACUUAGUUAAGUCGGCUACGUUCAAAUCAGGUGGAUGUUACAUGUUCAGUAACUUGAGAGGAUGUGAUGGUUCUAGAUUAUACUUCAGUGGUGGAUCCUCUAUUACUUUGAAUGGUCAAAUCUUGAAUCGUGGUAAACAGUUUGCAUUGGAUGAAGUGGAAGUCAUUGUGGCAACCUUUGAUCUCGAGGAUAUAAGGAGUUAUAGAAAUAACAUUAGGUCAAGGUCUCAUCUAGCUGCUAGACAACCAAGCUAUCCACGCAUAAAGGUGGAUUUUGCUCUAACUUCCGAUAUUUUGAUUUCAAUUCCUCCAGAUCGACCGAUCGAUGUGGACUUAGGUCCUUAUGAAGAUGAAAACGCAACAGGAAAACUUGUUUAUCAUGUACCAGAUGAAGAAAUUUCGUUGGCCCCUGCAUGCUGGCUCUGGGACUAUCUAAGGCGUUCUUGCCAAGGUGGAUUUUUCUUACCCUUAAGUGGUGGUGUCGAUUCUGCGUCAUCAGCGUGCAUGGUUUAUUCCAUGUGUGAUAUGAUCGUGGAUUCGGUUAACAAAGGAGACGCACAAGUAUUGUCAGACAUCAGGAAAAUAGUCGGAGACUGUGAAUAUGUACCGACUGAUCCAAAACAGCUGUGCAACACCCUUCUUGUCACAUGCUAUAUGGGUACUGAAAAUUCAUCGGCCGAAACAAAGGCGCGAGCAGCUGAACUCGCUAAUCAGAUUGGCUCUUAUCAUCACAGUAUAGUAAUCGAUGUUGCUGUGUCUGCCAUUCUAACGAUUUUCCAACAAGUUACUAAGCUGACACCGAGAUUUAAGGUGCAAGGAGGGUCUCCUAGAGAAAAUUUAGCUCUGCAGAAUAUCCAGGCACGCUUGAGAAUGGUGAUAGCUUAUCUGUUUGCCCAAUUGAUGCUCUGGGUCAGAGGACGACCGGGUGGUCUUCUGGUAUUAGGGAGCAGUAACGUUGAUGAAGCGCUUCGUGGGUAUUUUACCAAAUAUGAUUGCAGCAGUGCCGAUAUCAAUCCUAUCGGUGGAAUUGCAAAAAACGACUUAAAGUCAUUCCUUUCUUACUUUAGGAGAAAACAUGGAAUAACUGCUUUAGAUAAAAUCUUAGACGCUCCUGCUACCGCGGAAUUGGAACCUCUUCAAGGAGGACAGCUUGCGCAGCUUGAUGAGAUUGAUAUGGGUAUGACGUACAAGGAGCUUGGUAUUUUUGGACGUUUAAGAAAACAGGAUUGUGCAGGUCCCUUCACAAUGUUCUGCAGACUCGUCCACAUGUGGGAUAAAUGUACCUCAAAAGAAGUGGCAGAUAAAGUGAAACACUUUUAUAGAUGUUAUGCUAUAAAUCGUCAUAAAAUGACUAUCUUGACACCAUCUUGUCACGCCGAGACUUAUAGUCCCGACGACAAUAGAUUCGAUCAUCGACCUUUCUUGUACAAUCAUACAUGGAAAUGGCAGUUUAACGCAAUCGACGAACAGGUGAAAGGUCUUCUCAACGAGGAGAAAUCACCAAGAGGUCGAAAGGACGUGCCGAAAGUACCUGCGAAGCCCAGAUUCAUGCCGUUCAGCUCCGUAAUCAGUAGUGAGUAAAUAAAAAAAAAAAAAAAGACAAGUGUACGAUAUCGCUGAUGAAGCUCGAGUCGUGGAGGGGACGAAAGCACCGUGAAAUCGUUUCUACGUGAUCGAUUUCCUUGCUUGUUUACCGAGCUAAACAGCGUUAAUCGACGAAUAAACACCGAUCUCGCAGAGUCGAAGUCGAGCAGGCCGCCGACAAACGACCAUCCAGUAAUUUUGACCCACCGUGCGCAUACUCGUUCGUUGCAUCUCUACCGAGGAAUCAUCACACACCGGCAUCAUUCUCUGUUGCAGAUAAAACACAUCCUGGAGUAGUAGUUUAACCGUAGCAGUAUCUCUGUCUCUUAUCAUUUUGAUAUUGCAGCCUUGCGAGCGCAUCGAAACGCAAGUUUGGUAGCUGACCAUUUAUGCGUCCGACCAGUUCCUUGUAUCAUCGGCACUGUUUCUUCCGUUAGAGAUUCCUCCACGAAGAAUCUUUGGCUACGCUUUGCUAUAAAGAGAUUGGUGAACGGAAGGAUUGCAUGAAUCCUAGAUUGUAUUAUAUUAAUGCAACUAAUGAGCAGAAAUACAAAUAUUAAAGAUAUGCAAAUUCCACAUAUAUACAUAUAUUUAUAUAAAUUGUGUGUAAUUAGUUCUUAAUACCUAUGAUCAUCCUCUUCAGACGUUUCAUAUAUAAGGUAUUAAAAAUAAACAUAAUUGCAGAAAUAAAUCGACACGUGUGCAUAUAAUAUUACUUUUAUUAUUUCUUCUAUUUCUACAUACACAGACAGCGCGUAUUCACAAUUCGUUAAAUUUAGCAUCAAUGAAUGACGACAGGGUUGAGAGCCUAGAUCAGUGUCUAUGUGUGAUGUAAAACAUCAUAAUGUAUUAUUAGUAUUGCUUGACACUUUAAGAUUUCAAAUUCUCGAAGAUUCGUCAUACACAGUAUAUUGAACAGUCGUGCGAAACACACUCAUUUCUAUCUUUCACGCAUACGAUAGUCAUUUGACACUCAUUCAAAAAUUCGAACGUACAUGGCGCGCGUUAUUAAUAGCAUGUGAUAACGUUGAUAUAUAUAUAUUUUUCUAAUUUAUAUAUCUAUCUAUCUGCAUAUCUAUAUUUUGUAUAGAUAUAUAGGUAUAUAGAUAAUGCAUAUACAGAUAUAUAUUUAUAUAUUUCUAAAUUAUUAAUAAAGUCAAUAUAUAAUCAGAAUUAUUAAUUGAGGAGAAAUAGCGAUAUUAAUAAUAACAUAACAUUAAACAGUUGGAAAAUAUAAUAUUGCAAUAAUACUAGAAGAGGGAAAGGUGAUAGAGUGUCCUGACGCGUCUUGAAAGGUCAAGAUAAAUAACUAUUGGUGAAUAUUGGUGCAAAUGAUAGUGGAUAUAAAAUGGAGAUUUGUAUUAAUAAUGAUAGUAGCAAUAUCUUAAUGCUAGUUUUGAACAAUACUGGAUGUAAAUUAAAUAAUCAUAAUAGAAAUAAUAAUAUUUAUUAAUACUUAUAUAAUAAUAAUUAUAUAAUAAUAUUAUAUUAAAAUUAAAAUACAAUAAUAUUAGAAAUAAAAUAGUAUUAGUUAUAAUUAAUAGACUACCACGAGAAGUACUAUAAUUCCCGAGUAUUGUCAAGAUAUAAUAUAGCGAAAAAUAGUAUACAUUAUCGAUACAAAAAAAAAAAAAGGUACCAAAUAAUCAAAGGUUUAAGACUGUUUCCGUUUCGUGCAACCUAAUUAAUAUUUGCUAUAUACAAUAGUUGCGCUAUUUGUCCGCACGAUAUACUAUAAAAUGAUAAACAAUGUUGAAAAUACUCUAAUAAUUAUCUGCAUGUGAACACUAUUUACACUUUGUGAAUUUGCUGGAAACUUAUCUGUAUUCGGAGGAAAAUAUCACAACUUAAAUGUACGUUUCGAAA